UACGUAUCAGAUACGUAUUUGUGGUCUGUUGACAUCCAAGGACCUUCUUAUAAGUAUCAGAAGCAUCCGCAUGUAAUUUUAUUAUUAGUAGAACCACUUCCCCGGGAUUCAUUGUCAGCCUCUUUCUUGACCAUUCCAUUGAGAGUGCCCUUCUUCUAACACAUUAGGUUUUCUUUCCUUGAAGCUACAAGACACUUUCUAUCAUGGCGGAAAUACAGACGAGUGGUUCGGAGACCACUCUAAACCAGGUCCAUCAUGACACAGGACUACAAGAUAUGACGAAGCAAAAGACCAGGGAUCCGCAGUUGGACGUCAAUCUCCCCUACCGCACGCUUAGUGCUGCAGCAAAUAUGGCCGAGUACACGACAGAACAACCAGAUGGAGAAAUACCAAUGAGAGAUCCAAAAAGUAAACAGGAAUACAAACUGGUGACUUUUGUCCUUGACGAUCCGCAAAACCCAAAGAACUGGUCAAAAGCAUACAAGUGGUAUUGUACCAUGGUCGUUGCGUUGACAUGUUUCGUUGUGGCGCUCGCAUCAGCUGUCGUUACGGCAGACAUCGCAGCCCCAGCUAAAGAGCUUGGCGUUAGUGAGGAAGUGUCACUGCUUGCUAUUUCGUUGUUCGUCAUUGGUUUCGGUAUUGGCCCCAUGGUUUUCGCUCCACUCUCCGAACUCUACGGACGUCGCAUCAUCUACGGGUCGACAUUGCUCAUUGCUGUGAUCUUCAUCAUUCCUUGCGCCCUUGCGCCGAACAUCGCAACUUUGUUGGUAUGCCGAACUAUCGACGGCAUUGCGUUCUCGGCUCCGAUGACACUGGUUGGUGGUACACUUGCAGACAUGUGGAAGAACGAAGAGCGAGGUGUGCCUAUGGCGGCAUUCUCUGCUGCGCCAUUCAUUGGACCUGCCAUCGGUCCCCUUAUUGGUGGCUAUCUUUCAAUGUACGCUGGAUGGAGAUGGCUCUACUGGAUUCAGCUCAUCCUUGCUGGAAUUGUUUGGGUAUUGAUAACUUUCACCGUUCCUGAGACUUAUGCACCAACCAUUCUGAAGCGGCGCGCCCAGAAAAUGAGAAAGGAGACUGGAGAAAGCAAUCAUGUCACGGAACAGGAACUGGACAAGCGACCUCUCAGCGCCCGCCUUAAGGUGUUUGUCUUGCGACCUUUCCAACUUCUUUUCCAGGAGCUUAUUGUGUUUCUGAUUUCGUUAUACAUGUCGGUGCUUUACGGAUUGCUUUACAUGUUUUUCGUGGCCUAUCCUGUCAUUUUUCAGGAAGGCAAGGGCUACUCCGCAGGAACUACUGGUCUAAUGUUUAUUCCUGUCGCAGUAGGCGUCCUUCUUUCGGCCGUAUGUGCUCCCCUAGUCAAUAAGCACUACCUCACAUUGGUCAAGAAGCACAACGGAAAUCCUCCAGCGGAAGCCCGUUUGAUUCCCAUGAUGCUGUCCUGCUGGUUUAUCCCGAUCGGAUUAUUUAUCUUUGCUUGGACCUCAUACGCGGAGCUCUCGUGGGCUGGCCCUGCUUUGGGUGGCUUCCCUGUUGGCUUCGGAUUUAUCUUCCUUUACAAUAGCGCGAACAACUACCUUGUCGACUCAUAUCAGCACCUGGCCGCCUCAGCUCUCGCCGCCAAGACAUGCAUCCGUAGCUUUUGGGGCGCUGCCGUUGUGCUAUUCACCAUCCAAAUGUAUCACCGACUCGGCGACCAGUGGGCAUCUUCACUCCUGGCAUUCCUCGCGCUUGCUUGUUGUGCUAUUCCAUUCUGCUUCUGGAAGUGGGGUGCUAAGAUCAGGGCCAGGAGCAAGUAUGCCUAUGCUGGCGAUGACGAGGAUGAUGGCAAAGGCGUGGCAAGCACUGGCGAUGUCGAGAAGGGACAGCCGGCGGCCGUGCGGGCCCCAAUUGUCCAGCAGGAGGGAGGCGUUCAUUAGAUAUCAGUCCGGAAAGACUCGGUAUUUGAAUAAAGGCUGGCUCCGAGCGUAGGGUUGACUCCUUGCGAUCAUGCUAGUGAGGUCGCACUGGGUUUCUAUAACGAGUUUCUGAUUCGUUUCUAGAGUUCAAAGACCUUAAUUAGGACAGGUGUGCUCUAUACUUUGGGCAUAUAGGAAGUUGGUUCAAGAGUGGUAUAGACGGAUAGACACCGAUAGAUUUGUUGUGAUUUAGAUUAGUUAGCUGUUAGAGAAGAUACCCCGGCGGCUUUUAGACCUUUAGAUGUUAAUAUGAUUAAUAGACAGAUCAGAAAUAAAGCACCUUCGCUAA